AUUAUCUUAACUAAUUAGCCACCCCAAAAAUCAAAUUCUCUUAUUUCUUCUUAUUGAACUCACUUCAUAACUAUGAAGAAAUCCAAAUCCAAUCCUUUACACUAAUUUCUACACUCUCAAUACAUGUAUGUUACUAUAUGUGUGUGUAAAUGCAUUUUUGCUUUUAUAGUUGCUUCCUCAUGAAGAAACGACAAAGUGAAAUAGUUAUAUAUCAAUCUUUUUCCUUUGUUUGAUUGAAAAGAAUCUCUCUUUUUUUUUUCAUUAUUGGAUCUUAGCUUUCUACACCCUUUCUUUCACCCUCUUCCUCUUGUGUUCUUAUAUUUCCACAUCUUCUAUCUCUUUUUUGUGGUGCUCAAUUUUUAAAUCUCACUUCAAAAAUUCAAUCUUUUUUAAAAGGGUGUUGGUUUUAGUUGCUAUCAAAUUCUUGGUUUAAUCAAAAUUAUAAAAAAAAAAAUGUUUAGUCUCAAAAUUCAUUACUCUCACACUCACACUAAAUUCUAGCACAUCAUGAUUUUCAUCAAGAUUCUCUAUGAUUCUAUAAAAGGUGUACAUGAAUUUGAUAGAUUCUUUCAACUUUAUCUUGAUCAUCAUCACAAGUAAAAAAGAUUCUUAUAAUCAAAGUUUCUAUAAUUUGUUCUUUUUUUGUGUUUCUCUUGUGUUUUAAAAACAACCUUUUUGUGGUUUAAGGAUAAUAUUAUGGAUUUGGAAACCCUUUAUUCUCCUUAUUCUAUGUUGGAUUCAAAUUGGUUUGUUGAAGAGAGUUACAAGAAAGAAUGGACAAAAGAAGAUAACAAAAAGUUUGAAAGUGCUCUUGCUAUAUAUGAUAAGGAUACACCUGAUAGAUGGAUAAAAGUGGCUGAGAUGAUUCCUGGUAAGACUGUGUUUGAUGUGAUUAAGCAAUAUAGAGAAUUGGAAGAAGAUGUGUGUGAAAUUGAAGCAGGAAAUGUUCCUCUUCCUGGUUAUUUUGCAUCUUCUUUCACCUUUGAGGUUGUUGAUAAUCACAACUAUGAUGGAAGUAGAAGAAGGGCUUUAAGUGUUAGAGGUUCUGAUCAUGAGAGGAAGAAAGGUGUUCCUUGGACUGAAGAGGAACAUAGACGUUUUCUGAUGGGACUUCUAAAGUAUGGAAAAGGAGAUUGGAGAAACAUAUCUCGCAAUUUUGUUGUCACAAAGACACCAACACAAGUAGCAAGCCAUGCACAGAAGUACUACAUAAGGCAAAAAGUUUCUGGAGGAAAAGAUAAAAGAAGACCAAGCAUUCAUGACAUAACAACUCUUAGUCUCACACAAACUUCUUCAUCAAAUAAGAACAUUAAUCCUAACAUGUCAAAAGUACAAAUGGGUUGGAGUAGUAGUCACUGCAAUGAUGGAUCACUCAUGGCUUUCAAUCCAAAUAGUGAUGAUUUCACUUCCAAGAGCCUUAAAAUUCAAGGGCAGGAUCUUUAUGACUGCUCUUUUCAUGAAGCUUACGCUAAGAUGAAAGUUUCGGGUUUCGCGGCGACGGCGGCUUCUAGAGACUUCAAUAAAGGAGCUGUUUUUGGUAUUCAUGCACUGUGAUUUCCAACUCUUAUGAUGCUCAAAAACAAUGAAAUUUCACUACUUAAAGCAUUGUUAUGUUGGAUUAAUGUAGAUGACUUGAAGCUUAAGGAAGCUGCAAUAAUGUUUCAAUCCUUAAAUAUGAUGUUUUUGGAAUAGACUUGUUCUUUUAUGCUUUUUAUAUUUCUCUCUGUCUUUUAACUAUGAUAGUGAUCAUGUCUAUCUUUUGGAGUACCAAUUUGCAUCAUAUGAUGUCCCAUUUAGGCAUGCUAAUAAGUCUCAAAAGCAACAUGACAAACAUCACUGAUAAUUAUAUGUUAUGGUUAUCACUUUGA